GAGCGUGGGGUCCCCCCGAGGCUGAGAGAUCGGGAAACUGAGGCAGGGGCUCGGAGACCCCCUCCCGCCGCCCCCGCCGAGCCCCCGCUCCGGGGCAGGGGAGGCAGCGGGGCCGGGGGAGGCUGAAGGCGGGCGGGCGGCGCGCUGGAGCCGCGCCGUCACAGGGCGUUUGUGCCGCUUUAAGGCGGUGCCGCCGCUCCGGGCUCGGUCAGGCACCGGGAAGAGGAACUGGGCUUUGCACUGCCGGGUCGGGGCGAACGCACCGCCGUGCCCCGGGCGGUCCCGGCACCCCGCUCCGCCGCCGCCGCCGCCGGCUCCGCGCUCGCUGCAAGGGAGGGAUGGGGCGGGGAGGGGGAGGAGGCGCUGGGGGCGAGGACGGGCCUUUGCAUCCCCCCCCCGAAACCCCUCUGCUCCCCAUUGCAUCCCCCUUGCAUCCCCCCCGCUCCUUCCUCCUGCAUCUUGCCAGGGCCGCCUGCUUGCAGGGUGCGUGCUUGAAAUAAAGCCCCCUCCCUCCUUCCCUCACCCUGCCCGGAGAUCCCCCCCCCCAUCCCCUGCCCCGAAAACCCCCCUUCCACCAUGAUUUUGCUGAGCAGCUUCUUGCACCUUCGGCCUCGGCGCUGCGGCCCCUUGGCAGGGCUGGGCAGGGGAGCCGGCCCCACAGCGGGGUCCCGCAGGGCUCUGCGGGUGCUGGUGGACAUGGACGGGGUGCUGGCCGACUUCGAGGGAGGCUUCCUCAAGAAGUUCAGGGCCAGGUACCCCGACAAGCCCUACAUUGCCCUGGAGGACCGGAGGGGCUUCUGGGUGUCGGAGCAAUACGGGCGCCUGGGACCUGAGCUGAGUGAGAAAGCCAUUAGCAUCUGGGAAUCCAAGAACUUCUUCAUCGAGCUGGAGCCGCUCCCUGGGGCUGUGGAAGCUGUGAAGCAAAUGGCAAAUUUGGCAGACACCGACGUGUUCAUCUGCACAAGCCCGAUCAAGAAGUACCGCUACUGCCCUUACGAGAAGUACGCCUGGGUGGAGAAGCACUUCGGCCCUGAGUUUCUUGAGCAGAUCGUUUUGACGCGAGAUAAGACGGUGGUUUCUGCUGACCUGCUUAUAGAUGACAGACCUGAUAUAACAGGGGCUGAGCUGAACCCCAGCUGGGAGCACGUGCUCUUCACGGCCUGCCACAACAAGCACCUGCAGCUGAAGCCCCCCAGCCGCAGGCUGCAGUCCUGGACCGAUGACUGGAAGGCCAUUCUGGACAGCAAACGCUUCCCGCCCGGCCGGGCCACCUAAACCCUGGCCUUCUGUGGCCACCUGGGGCUGUGGCCACCCACUCGUGUCCCUGCGGAGUCCUGCUGAAGGCUGAAACCACAGAUGGACAGACAGACGGAUGCUGUUCCUACUGCAGAGAGGAAAAGGAGGAGGAUCUGAAGCGCCACAGCCACUUGGACCCAGGGAGCGGACUCCAGCCCAGCUGUGCCACAAGGCAGCAGCAGCAGGACUGACCCCGUGGGCCUGGCAGCCCAGCUGGGGGCCAUUUCCUGCCAGCUCUGGGGGUCUCUGUGCUGCAUCUGCACCCCCACGACGGCAUUUCUGACAGACGUGGCCACCCUCAGGGUGUCCCUGCCCUUAUCUGGUGCAGCGCCUGGCACAUGCCAGCUCUCCGUCCUCCUCUCUGUCUUGCAGUUGGGGAUCGUGUGGGUGGUUCGUUGCAUCCUUGCAGGGCUUCAUGCCAAGGGGCUGCCUUGGGGGACGUUUCCCUCCCGGCCGGCACCCGGGUCCAGGGAGAGGGGCAGCUGGAAGGGCAGGGGGAGCUGUGCUGUUCCUUGCGGCCAAUACAGUGGGAUGGCUCCAUGCUUCCCUGCAGGAAGAGUCCCUGCAGUGGGAUAGGGGGACAGCACCACACCUCCCGUGGAUGUGGCGGUGGGGAGGGAGCCCUGAGGCACCGUCACACCUGAGAUGUAGCCGUCCUCCAGCUGGCGGGAUGGAUCCCUGCUCGCCUUUGUCCCUGAGGAGCUGCCACAGCUUUAGAGCUGGGGCUUUAGAGCUGAUUUGGGAUGAAGAGAGGAGCUCUCCCCGCACCCACUCGUUGCCUGUGGGCUGCUCUCCAGGGGCAUUGCUGGGGCAGCGAGCACACUGCAGCAGCGCCACCGUCAGCCCUGCCCACAAGCCGAGCAGCUCCUGCAGGAGCCGGUGAUCGGAUGGUGAUCACCCUGCCAGCCAUUGGUCGGACGGUAGCUCCACGGAUUUGAAAGCCAGGGAGGUCUGCACAUGCAGGCUGCACGAUCAAAGCACCCGUCUCUCUCCUCCUGGUAGUGUCUGACGUCAGCCUGCCAGCAAAGCUCUGGGUGUGCGUCCACCGGGCACCCGGCUUCCACGCGGAAGGUCCUGGGUGCUGCAUCCCACUGGGGUCAGGCAGUGGGACGGUCGUUGCUGCAGAGCAUCCUGAAUUCUUUGGUGUGGAGCCACUCGGGAAGAUGCUGCUGGGUGGAGAAGCGGGGCUGGUGGAGGAGCUACAACAUCGCUGAGAAAUGGGCAAAGCAGAGGCACCAGUGGUGUCUGAAGGGCAAGUUGAAGGUUGCCUUGCCGGAGGAUUGUCAUGGCCGCAUCCGUGGAUGCUGUUUGCAGUCCUCACAUACCACAAGGGAAGAAAUUGGGGAGACAUUGCUGUUGAAGGCUGGGGAGCCCAUCAGAGGUGCCCGCGAGGCUGUAUCAUGGGGUUAGUUUGUUCUACAGCAGCUGGCGGCUCCGCUUCUCUCCCAGCUCUGGACAUCUGGGGACAGACCAUGCUGCCGUCCCCGCUCACUUCAUGCCAGCACCCCUGCAGCGAGGUGUUCGGCCACCUGGCCAGUGUGAAGGGGCUGUGGCAUACACAGCUGUCCAUGCCAGCUGCCACCAAUGAAUGACUGUGCCGAGGCUGCUGCGCUCUGCGAGUGGCCAGUGGCCAUCACCGCUGGGAAGCUUGAACUGCAGGGACCUGCUUGUCACCGACAGCAGCACCAGAAAGCAGCAGCUGUAGCUUCUCCUCCGUCCAGCCCUGGAGAAGAGCCGUUUCAGCUGCUAUGGUGGGGCUGCCCCAGGCAGAGCCCUGGGGACGCGCAGGAUGCGUCAGGGCCGGCGUGCGUCUGCGUCACUGCUGACACCGGGGAGGCCCCGCUGCCCCCGCUCCUGCCUGUCCCCAAGCCAUCCGGGAUCCCACCGCGCCCUCCUGCUCUCCUGGCCCAGGGACUUGCUGGCUGCAGGAGUAAAAUUCCCCACUGGGACACAUAGCCCCACAGGCCGGGGCGGUAGCCAGGGCUUGGCUGGGGUUAGCCACCCCGCGCUGCUUGCUCAUGCCUUUGGCUUGCCUCACCUCUCUCCCAUGGGCCCCCAUCAGCAAAGAACUAUGUGAACUCAAAGCUACAUAGCUGACAAAUAACCUAUUUCAGCAGCGACAGCCGGCCCCCCGCCAACCCUGGGACCUGGAGGGGCUAGUGAAGUCGGUGCUUCCGAGUCUGUGCCUUCCCCGGCUGCUGCGGGGCCAGGGACGAAGCCCACAUUGUCUCGGGUCUUUCUAAAAGCUGCCCCGUCUCUUGGGACGGGGUGAUUGCGUAAGGACAGCACGGUUUGGCUCAUGGUGGUGGGAGAGUUACAUACCACAAGGAUCUUUUCUUUUUUUUUUUUUUCUUCUUCUUCUUUUUCUUUCUGUUUAAACCACUGUGUGCUUCUCCGGGUGGCGGGUUUGGUUUGGAGCUGGUAUUUGGGAGGGGUGUUUGCAAUGUGCAGACACCUGAGAUACAGCCCCUGGCCGAGAGCUGCCUUGGCCAGAGGGUUUGCAGGCGGGGAGCUGGGACAGCGGGUGACCACCGUGGGCAGCCACUACGGCUGCUGAGCAUCACGUACCCCUCGGCCCCACCGCAGCCCUGCCGCCCACUUCGUGCAGCCGGGAUGGCCUCAUGGCGUCUGAGCUGUUUUCUUUUCCCAGUGGCACCAUUUAAGCAUGAGUUGCCCAAGCUCUCCAGAGCCUUCUCGCUGCCCAUCCUCGAGCCAGGACUGGAGCCGGCGUGUCACUACGGCAGCUGCCCAAACCAGCCAUCUUCCCUCAAGCUCGGGGUGGACCCAAGGGAGGCGGCUCUCUGGGGGCCAGUGGGUCUUUCCCUUUUGGUGGGACUUGCGAUGCAGUAGAGACCACGUCGCUUCACGCCAAACAUACUUGAAAAGCAGAGCUGGAGUUUCUCAUGCAUGAGGCUCUGACUCGACGCACAGAAAUCCCGAGGAGGUAGCUGGCCUGUUUGCUCCUGCCGAGGUGGCUCUCCGUCGCCCGACAGAUCGGCCCUUUCAAUGUUCAAGCCCUUCUGUGGCCAGCUGCGAUGCAGAGAGCUUUUAUUUUUAAAUGCACAUCUAUAAAACCGAGGCCGAUGAGGAACGCUGCAAUAAACCCUGGGUUUUAUUGGCAUCCA